AUGGGGCUGUCAAUUACCUUUUCCCCCGUUGUGAAAGGGGCCGGCGAACAAUGUGCGGGCGGCGGGGGGCUGUGCCGCCUCUCCGAGCCCGCCGCCCCCGCCGGGACAGGGUGCCGGAGGUGCCACUCGGCCAGCCCCGAGCCGCCGCCGCCGCCGCCCCCGGCGCUGGAGAGCAGCGGCCGCCCCACACCCCCGUCCCCAUCCCCGUCCCCAUCCCCGCUCCUCAUCCCCGUCCCCAUCCCCGCUCCUCAUCCCCGUCCCCAUCCCCGCUCCUCAUCCCCGUCCCCAUCCCCACUCCUCAUCCCCGUCCCCAUCCCCGUCCCCGCUCCCCAUCCCGCGCCCGCGGCGGAACGCCCAGGCUGCGCUGUGCGCUACCUAGAUUGUGCCUUUAAAAACUUCCUGUGUGCCUUGAUGGCUUGCUGA